CGUACGGUCAUGGGAAAUAGGUACUUUACAACAGGUACCUGGACGCUGUAAUACAGGUACUCUACAAAACUAAACUUGGUCGAUCACCUUCAUUCCUUUCCUAAUUUUUUUCUUUUCUUUUUAUUUACCUUUAUUCACCAGUCUCUCGCCGAGGAAUUGGAUAUCAGGUAGGGCAUUUCGUUGCUUCACCCAUACUAUAUCGUUAUAUUUCCGACCGCGGAAAAAGGAAGACGCCAUCGCGUGCGCACUAUAAUGAUAUCGGGGCCACUACACUUCCAACAAUCUUCUUACACUCUGUCCAGCAUUCCGCUCUCUCAGCGGAGUUCACUGUCGUGCUCUCAAUAUGGCGGCAGCACAAGACAAGUCUCAACCGGUGUCUGCACCACAGUCCCAGAGAGCCAUGAGUGAUGAGAAGAAUGAAGGCUCAGAUAGUGACGUUCGCGAGACUUUGGUCGAAGUUUCAACUGAGAACCAACUCCUUCGCCAUCUAGGUAACCGUCAGAUCCAAUUGAUUGCCAUCGGUGGCAGUAUUGGUACCGCUCUCUUUGUGAGUAUCGGCGGUGGUCUUGCCAAGGGUGGACCAGGAAGCCUUCUUAUCGGGUACACUGUCUAUGCUAUCAUGGUUGGUAUGGUGAACAACUCCAUGGCCGAGAUGGUUACCUAUAUGCCUGUGUCUGGAUCUUUUAUUCGAAUGGCCGGCAGAUGGGUCGAUGAGGCUUUGGGAUUCAUGGCAGGGUGGAACUUCUUCCUCUACGAAGCCUGUCUCAUUCCCUUCGAGAUAUCUGCUAUCAACUUGGUGCUUGGAUAUUGGAGGGACGAUAUCCCCCCGGUAGCCAUAUGUAUAGCAUGCAUUGUACUUUAUGCCGCUAUCAACAUUUUGGCCGUGCAAUAUUUCGGCGAGGCCGAGUUCUGGCUAUCCAGCGGCAAGAUCCUGCUUAUCUGCAUCCUGUACACGUUCACUCUAGUCACGAUGUGUGGGGGUAACCCCAAACACGAUGCUUACGGUUUUCGGUAUUGGUCAGAUCCAGGAUCUUUCGCCGAGUAUAUUCACGAGGGCGUACUAGGUCGAUUUGAAGGUUUGCUUGGCGCUGUCUUCUCUGCAGGUUUCACUGUCGUUGGACCCGAGUACCUUGCCAUGGUCGCUGGAGAAGCAGAGCGCCCGCGGACGUAUCUCAAGAACGGAUUCAAGACCGUCUACUGGCGAUUCGCCAUCUUCUUCAUCGGCGGUGCGCUCUGCGUCGGUAUCGUCCUCCCGUACAACGAUAGUGUGCUGAAGAAUGCGGAUACGGGAACCGCUAACGGCUCACCCUACGUCAUCGCAAUGCAGAACCUUGGAGUUGGAAUACUUCCCAACAUCAUUAACGCUCUCAUGAUCACCAGUAUUUUUAGCGCUGGAAAUGCCUACACAUACUGCGCGAUGCGAUCCUUAUACGGCCUCGCUUGCGACGGCCAGGCGCCUAAAAUCUUCAAGAAGACACUUAAGAACGGUAUCCCGGUCUACGCUUUUGCGCUUGUAAUGGUCUUCCCCUUCUUGUCGUUCCUACAACUGUCAAACAACACGGCGCAAGUAGUGACGUGGCUUGCUACUCUUACACAGGGCUCGCAGAUGAUCAAUUACAUUGUCAUGAGCUUGACGUACAUCUUUUUCUACAAUGCGACUAAAGCGCAGGGCAUUGAUCGCCGCACGCUACCGUACUACGGCUAUUUCCAGCCAUACUGUGGUUACAUUGGUUUGGUGUGGAUGAUUAUCAUCGAGGCCACUUUUGGUUACUCGGUGUUCUUACCUGGACACUGGGACGUCGGCAACUUUUUUGCUUUCUACACAAUGGCUAUCGUGUCUUUCUGCACAUUUUUUGGUUGGAAGAUUUUCCGACGUACAAAAUUCGUCUCUCCCGCGCAGGCCGAUCUCAUCUGGGAGAAGCCGGCCAUCGAUGCUUACGAGGCUUCGCAGAUUGAGACCCCGACCCGAUUCCGCGACGAGCUGAAAGCUAUGUUCCUUGGGAAGAGAAAGAAGGAGAACUACAUGGGUGAAGACCCGAACUAGAAGUUGGGACUUGCGCUUCGAGAUCGUGGCUUGAUUCGAGCGACGCCGGAAACGGUUAGUGGAUGGAGUCAUAGUUUUGGUAUACGCUUUGUCGUUGUCGAGUCAUUCCAUACUACAAAUUUCAAGAAAUAUCAUGCCAAGCUUCCGAGUAAAUAAAUUAGAGAUAUGAUCGAAUUCAAUCGCAAAGUUAUAACCCAUAAAUGAAAUUUUGGUAAGAAAGACGAGGUUUAUCAAUUUUAGACGGCCACGCCCAUUCAUUUAAAAUAAUAUUAGAAGUCAAGCCUUUA